AUGCCAACGUCAUCUGGGAUAGUAGUGGUCAGAGGAGACCAGGAGAUGGCCAAGGAAUGCUGCUUGGUAACAACAAAGGAAGAUGAGAGUUUGACUAUUGAGGCGUUCCCAGGAGACGCAGUAGAAGAGGAGGAGUCACAAGGAGCAGAACCAGUAGGCGUCAUGAAAGAGCUUCACCUAACUGAGACCAAGAUGGUCAAAGUAGGCACAGAGGUACCGGAAAAGGUAGCACAGGAAAUAACAGAGAUACUGAAAAAGAACGUGGAGUCUUUCGCCACUGAACCAACGGAGAUCGUGGGAAUCAAUCCCAAAGUAGCGUCGCACAAGCUGAACGUGAUCCCAGGCAGCGUACCCAAAGUCCAAAAGAAGAGGAGGUUCACUGAGGAGAGGCAGAAGAUAAUCGCAGACGAAGUAAACAUUUUGGAGGCAGCAGAUUUUAUCCACGAAGUUUUCUACCCUGAAUGGGUGGCAAACAUCGUCCUAGUAAAGAAGGCAAACGGGAAGUACAGGAUGUGUGUCGAUUUCACAGACUUGAACAAGGCCUGCCCAAAGGACAGCUAUCCGCUCCCCAACAUAGACCAGUUAGUGGACUCAACAGCUUGCUAUCUCCUAUAUAGCUUCGUAGACGCAGCGCAAGGGUAUCAUCAAAUACCGAUGGAGGAGAAGGAUCAAGAGAAAACAUCAUUCGUCACAGACCGAGGGACAUACUGUUACAAAGUCAUGCCGUUUGGAUUAAAGAACGCAGGAGCCACCUAUCAACGUCUGGUCAACUUUAUGUUCCAAGACCAGCUGGGGAGGAAUGUAGAAGCCUACGUGGAUGACAUAAUUGUGAAAAGCCAGCUAUACGCAUCACUCCAAAUGAAGGAGGAGCGGUUAACACCAACAGUAGAAGAGCAGCAGGUGUUACCAGUCGCAGUCCUAGAUCCAUGGAUGCAACCCAUAGUGGCAUAUUUAGCAGACGGAGUCCUACCUGAAGGACGUACCGAAGCGGCUAAGCUAGUUCGAAUUUCCUCCGUCUAUUCAAUAAUAGAAGGAGCACUGUACCGGACCUCAGUAACACACCCAUGGUUUAAAUGCAUAUCACUAGAAGAAGGAAGCUACGUCCUUCGGGAAAUCCAUGAAGGAGAAUGCGGAGCUCAUGAGGGCGCAGUAACUCUAUACAGAAAAGCAAUGUUACAGGGAUUUUAUUGGCCCACGAUGAAAAAAGACGCUGAAGAAAUGGUCAAGAAGUGCGAUAAAUGCCAGAAAUUUGGGUCGCUCAUCAGAACCCCAGCCGCUCACCAGUCAACUAUUGGAAGCCCUUGGCCCUUCAUGAUCUGGGGAGUAGACAUACUGGGACCCUUUGCCCCAGCGAGAGGACAAGUAAAGUUUAUAGUAGUCGCGGUCGACCAUUUCACCAAGUGGAUAGAGGUACAACCCAUGAGCACCAUAACAAGUAAGAAAAUCCAGAAGUGGUUAUCAAACGAAGUCAUGAGCAGGUUCGGCACUCCACAUGCCCUAGUCACAGACAACGGGAAGCAAUUUGACUGCGCCAGCUUCAGAGAUUUCUGCACUGAGCUAGGAAUUCUUUUAAAAUUCUCCUCAGUAGCACACCCGCAAACCAACGGACUAACAGAAGUCACCAACCGCACCAUCCUUUCUGGAAUAAAGAGAGGCUAG